UAAUGCUGGUCCUGCCUUGGAGACUUCUUGGGAUAAUGAAGACCGGAGUAUUUCUUCUCCUGCUAGGAGCUGCCUGCAGCAUGGCCUCCAACUCUUUGUAUACUGCAUCGGAUUCCUGCAAAGGGCGAUGUAAUGAAAAAUACAACCGCAAAGAUGUCUGUCAUUGUAAUGCUAAAUGUGAAAAAUAUCAGAACUGCUGUGAUGAUUACCAUAUCCAUUGCGGGCAGGAUAGCAAAGAAACGAAUGCAGCGUCUGAUGAGGGAUUCUCCAGAAGUGAGGAUGCCAUCAGUCAGGAAGAGCUUCAAAAAAUAUCCGAGCAACUUUACCAAAGUGACAGCAACAAAGCAGCGGAGUCUGACAUCACCCUUAACAAGCAGUUUUUAACAUCCCAGACUUCGAAAAAGGAGGAUCAGUCUCCAGAACCACUCUUUUCAUUUGUCAACGAAGAGAAGCUCUUUUCCAAGCCGACUUACGCCAGUUUCAUUAAGCUGCUUGAUAAUUAUCACAAGAAGGUUGAAAAGGGGGAAGAGUUCACUGCUGAGCAACUGAAAGAGCAGGAUCGCUUCCUGGAGGAAAUCAUGAAGACGGCGGUCAUGCAAGAGCUUUACAGGUUCCUUCAUAACAAGAAUCGUUAUGGAACAGAGGCAGAAUUUAUUGCCGACUUAAAGGAGAUGUGGUUUGGCCUUUACUCCAGGGGCAAGGGAGAAGGAAGCUCCAGUGGCUUUGAGCAUGUCUUUCUAGGAGAAGUCAAGGAAGGAAAAGUGUCUGGGUUCCACAACUGGAUUAGUUUCUACCUGCAGGAGAAAAAAGGUGUCCUCAACUAUCUCAGCCACAACUAUGAUGGUCCGUGGACCUCCUAUCCAGAUGUGCUUGGGAUACAGUUCAGCUGGGAUGGAACUUACAAGGAAGUUGGAACAGCCUUCAUUGGAAGCAGUCCUGAAUUCGAAUUUGGCCUCUACUCAUUGUGCUAUAUCUCUAGGCCUGGAAAAGUGUGUCAUCUAAAAAUGGGGAGUCAUAAUCUGGAUAUCCAGACGUACACUUGGGAUAAAACCACCUAUGGCAAUGGGAAAAAGUACAUUGCCACUGCUUAUGCAGUUUCCCCAUGAGAAGGCAAGAGGUCCCACCCUGAUUGAUCCUAUCUGACCCUCCUGGCAUGUGCUCCUGUUCUCCUGCCAUACCAGGAGAUGUUCUACAACAGAUCUGAUCGGUUGUCUUUAGAUUCUGUGUGAAUGUUGUUUGUUUUAUGGAGUAUGCAACAUGGCUGUAAGACUAGAAUUCCCUGGCUCAUCUGGCAGCUAUAGCAGAGCUAGAAAUCACAUGGAGCGUUGCUGCUUUACGUAACUUACUGCCUCAGCACUGACACCACACUUUGGUGAAUUUUGAGAAAGCAUUUGUCGAAUUUCAAGGGAAGGUAAAGGGGUUUGGAUGACUAGCAGAAAAUAAAAGUCAGGAAAGUUGAGGAAAACCACCUUGCAUUUCUGUUUUUCAAACACAAAAACAUUUCAAGCAGAUUUGAAGGGUCCGAUUUGAGUAAAACCGCAGAGGAAUUUCGCAGGGAGCCGAAACAUUUUUUGAGCUCACAAGCAAAACCUUCUUAGGUCAAUUAAAUACAACCUUGCCAGUGGUUCAACCAAUAUCUCUAAUGCACGUGCGAUAAGAAGAGCCGGUCUCUGGAGAAGAUCCUUCCACGCGAAUACAUGACAAUAAUACAUGGCAACUUAUGCCUUAUACUCAGGGGUCAUUUUGUAGAAAAAGAGCUGGAGGAACUCAUUAGCACAACUCAUUAGCAUAUGCCACACCCCCUUGCCAUCACCGGAAGUGUGUUAUUAGCAUAACUGAUUUGCAUAUGCCACAGCCAGGAUAUGCUAUCCUGGCUGUUUUGGACCCAAUCCUGGCCAUUCAGGGCCGAAAUUGGGCCCAAAAUGGUCAGGACGGGGGCCGCUGCUGAGCGGGAGAGUGAUCCACCACCCAUCAGAGCCCGAUUGGGACCGUUUCGGCCCCAAUCCAGGUCCAAAUGGCUCAGAGUCAGGUGGGCGGGGCCACCUGUCAUGUGACCUCUUUGGGGAACUGCCAGAACUGCGUUCCCACACGUUCCCCCUCAAAAUGAGCCCUGCUUAUACUGAAUCGUGACCUUUGAGAUCAGUAUCAUCUAGUCAGAUUGGAUCCUGUGAUGUUCCCCCUCUCUCAUAUCACCGGGUCCUUUUCACUGAAGAUGCUGGGAAAUGAACUUAGGAUGCCAAGCAAAUGCUCUAUCACUGAGCAACUGCCCCUCGCCUUUGCCGUCUGUAGUUUGUCCUACAGAAGAGAGAUGAGUGACAAUUAGAGACAGGGCUUUUUCAGGAAUGGCACCUUGUCUGUGGAAUGCCCUUCCCCUAAAGGAUUGCCCGAUACUUGUUCUUGUAGCCAUUAGAAACCAAGCCAAAAAAACCUUCUUUGCUCAGGCUUUUGAAUUAUCACCUUUUACUUGGCCGUUCUAAUGUUAUGGCUUGUGGUAUUUUAUAUAUUCUUUGCCUGGUCUGCAUAUGACCAACUGGACGGCGCUUUUCUGCUUCUCUGCUGGUUUUAUUCCAUUGCUGCUGGAACCAAGUGUUUUAUUGUAUUAUUAUUCAAUGGAAUAUAUUGUUCUUCUUUGAUGCAUUACUGAUGCCCUUAAAAGACAUCGUACUUGAUCCACUCGCCAUGAGGACUGGCACAUUGGUUGGGGAAAACUCGUUCUUUGCCUGCACAUAACCAGUCAUCUUGGAUCUUUAAGUUCAGAUAGAUGAGAAGACUCGAGUCUAGAAAACCUGGGUGUAAAACCAUGCCACUGAUCUUAUAGCUAGCUGUCAUUUCUCAGUUCUUGACCUCACAAUUCAGGAACCGUGGGAUCCUACCUCACAGGGCUAUUGUGAAGAUGAAUGAGAGAGAAGUCAGAGAAUGGUGCAGAUUUAAAAUGCUGUAAGCAUCAUUAGUGAUGUAAUGCAUCUGGGGCGGUUUUUCGAAAUCUCUCCCUGUUUGAUAGCACAGUAAACUUUGUUACCUUUAUAAUGCAAUAAACCAACAUUAACACCAUG